GCGUACUGUCGGGUGGUGGCUGUAUUUAAGCACGCGGAAGCACCGUAAAGCAGCGAGAAGAGGCGCAGCAGAAAGCGCGCAGAUCCGCCGUAAGAUGCCGAGAAGCGUCGCAGCGACGGCCGGUGUUCUGAUCGCUUCAGCCGCGGCGCUAUCCUUCACAUUCAGCGAGCUUGACCGCGGGAUGCCGAGCAAAAAGAAGAAAUACAACGCCAGAUUCCCCCCGGCCAGGAUUAAGAAGAUCAUGCAGACGGAUGAAGAAAUCGGCAAGGUCGCCGCCGCAGUGCCUGUCAUCAUCUCUCGUGCUCUUGAGCUCUUCCUGGAGUCUCUGCUGACGAAAGCGUGUCACGUCACACAGUCACGCAACGCCAAAACCAUGACCACCUCACACCUGAAGCAGUGCAUAGAGCUGGAGCAGCAGUUCGACUUCCUGAAGGAUCUGGUGGCGGCGGUGCCUGACAUGCAGGGCGAGGGAGAGGAGAACCACACGGAGGGAGAGAAGAUCCCGCGCAGGUCAGACACGCAGUCUGAAGCACGCAUAGGUCGUAAGCCGGGCUCAGGACGCAAGAACGGCGGCGCUGGAGCCAAAGGCAAAGACAAGAGACUCUCAGGCACUGAAUCAGAGCAGGAGGAUGAUUCUGAGGACAGUGAGACAGACGGAGAGGAGGACGAGGACGCGUCUCGCACCAGCACAAACACACAGCCUGCAGCCUUCUUCCACAGUCCAGACGCGGCGGCGCUGCAGUUUGUUCCCAUGGGCUCCCAGCAGGUGGCGCCGGUGUCGUCUCUGAUGGCUCUGCCUCCCGCGCCGCACAAGAACGAGGACGACGACGAGGACUACGACUCAUAGCCUGCACUCUUUCCUUCCGUUGCUCUCAGACGAGCCGGCGCGAGCGGCACAACACCCAUAGCUUCUCCACUAGACAUGUUUUAAGUUGUUUUUUUUGUUUGUUUUUUUUUGGUAAUCUUAUUUUAUUGUCCAGGAACAGUUCCAAGUUGUUUUAGUGAGUCGGCGUUUCUUUUGGUCCUCUUGGCCCCAGAAGCGAGAGCGUGUCGGGACACCCUGUGCACUCUUGCACUUUUCUUUAGUUUCCGUCUCUCGUCAUGUUUUAAGAGCAUAUCACUCCCGUCUGAGGAGGUUCAGCAGAUGUUUUGGUUGGUUUUAGCAGCAGAUGCUGGCGAGUUGUUUGUAAGGGAAAUGCAAAGCGGACAGUUCUGUUCUUUUGCUUUUGUGACUUAUGUUUCUGGUUUUGUCCUUUUUAAGCUAGUUUUACGAUUAAAGCUUCUCUCUUCCAGCGAUUAAACUGUCUAGCGGCGCUUUCAUGCAGUUUUUAAUUCAUUCUGUUGCAGGUCGUUCAUCGGAUGUGAAUGUGUUGAUUUGGUUUGAGAGCGUUUUGACCGUUUCGAACACGCUCUGUUCCCCGGAUGAUGCACAUUUGUAUCGAUGAUUUCUGCUUUGUUUUAUAUCUUUUAGACUCUUUUAAUGUUUGCUGUGAAGCUGGAGAGAGUCACGUGAUUUUGUAUGAGUGAAAUAAACUUUGAGGUUUCAGUAA